AUUUUUAUUAAUUGAACUUUAAUGCUUUUAAUAUUUUCAAUAUUUUUUUUAGUUUGUCUUUUAUUUUUAUUAUACAAUAAUUCAUUUAUUAUUAUUGAAUACUCUUUAGUAACAAUUUUAAGACAUGAAUUUAAAUUUUACAUUCUAUUAGACUGAAUAAGUUGUAUAUUUUCUUUUAUUGUUUUGUUAAUUUCAAGAAUAGUUUUGUGAUAUAGAUUUAGGUAUAUAAUAUUAGAUAAAAAUAAAAUAUCUUUUUGUUGAAUAGUUUUAUUUUUUAUUCUAUCAAUAUUACUUUUAAUUUUAAUACCCAAUAUAUGUAUAUUAAUUUUGGGAUGAGAUGGCUUAGGUUUAGUAUCUUAUUGUUUAGUUAUUUAUUAUCAAAGAGUGAAUUCAUAUAAUUCAGGAAUAAUAACUAUUAUUAGUAAUCGAGUUGGGGAUGUUAUAAUUAUUAUAAUAAUUAUUUUUGCAAUUAAUUUCAAUUCUUUUGAGCUAGUUUCUUUUCGAAAAUUUGAAUUAAUUUGAGGUUUAUUAAUUAUUAUUGCUGCUAUAACAAAAAGAGCACAAAUUCCAUUUUCAGCUUGACUUCCUGCAGCAAUAGCUGCUCCAACUCCAGUCUCUGCUUUAGUUCAUUCUUCAACUUUGGUAACUGCUGGGGUUUAUUUACUUAUUCGAUUUAAUUUAUUAUUUAACUAUAGGGUUUUUAGAAGAUUUUUACUAAAAAUUUCUUUAAUAACUAUAGUUAUAGCUGGAAUUAACGCUUUUUUUGAAAAUGACUUAAAAAAAAUUAUCGCUUUUUCAACUUUAAGUCAAUUAUCAAUUAUAAUAUUAACUUUAGCUUUAGGCCUUACUUCUUUGUCUUUCUUUCAUUUAAUUGUACAUGCUAUUUUUAAAUCAAUGUUAUUUUUAUGUGCUGGGUUUAUUAUUCAUAAUUUAAUAGGAAACCAAGAUAUUCGUUUUCUUUCAAAUUUUUUUAAAUUCAGUCCUACAAUUUUAAGUUGUAUAAUUAUUGGAAUAUUAUCUUUAAUGGGGUUUCCAUUUAUUGGAGGAUUUUAUUCAAAAGAUAUUAUUAUAGAAUUUUUUUUUUUUAAAUCUCAAAAUAUAAUUGAAAUAAUUCUUUUUAUUAUCGGCAUUUUAUUUACUUUUCUUUAUAACAUACGCCUUAGAUAUAUAAUUUUAUUAAAAGGAACUACAAAUGUAAGAUUAUUAAUAAAUAAUUUAAAUGUUUUUAUAAAAUAUCCUAUUUUGAUUUUAUCUAUAAAAUUAAUUAUAAUAAGAAAUUUAAUAAGAUGAAUAAUUAUUUCUAAUUAUUCAAUUACUUUUUUGUCAAACCAACAAAAAUUAAUAAUAAUAAUAAUAAUUUUUAUUUGCAUUUAUGUAUACAAUAAAAGAUUAAGAAUUACUUAUAAAUUUUUAAUAAAUAUGAAAUUUUUCAUAAAAAUAUGAUAUUUAAAUAAUUUAACAAGCUACAUUUUAUUAAGAAAUAACAAACGUUUAUUACAAAUAAGAAUCAAUGAUUGAUCAUGAAUAGAAAUAAUAGGGCCCUUAGGAAUAAAGAAAAUAAUUAUAAAUAAUUAUAAUUUUAGUUUAAUUAAGAAAAUAAAUAAAUUUGAAAUUAUUUUCGGGAUAAUUUUUUUAAUAAUAUUUUUAUUUGUUU